CAAUUUUUCAUUCGCCUCUGCAGUUUCACAUUUUCCUGCUGAUUUUCACAUUGACAUGAGUAAUCUCAUUGCUGGGGAUGAUCCUCUGUCAUCAGAUGACGAGGCGGCGCUGGUGGACUUUGAGAAGAUGCAAGUGCCCAACAUUCAGAGGGGAAUGUUUGUAUCCGGAUGGGAUGAUCCGGAUGAUCUCAUAGAAGAGGACAAAUCCCCGCAUGAAACUCUGGAGCGCGAAAUCUUGUGGGCUUCCGAUGAGGGAGACAAUAUUGAGCGUGUUGCGGAGAUUCUGGAGAAAGAUCCAUCGUGCGUGAAAGCAGUGGAUCGAGAUGGCUACACACCACUCCACAGGGCAGCGUACAAUGAUCGCUAUGAGCUGGCGCAGCUCCUGCUGAAGUACCGAGCGAAUGUGAGUGCCUUGACGGAGUACAAAUGGACGCCUCUGCACUCGGCUUGCAAAUGGAACAACGCGAGAAUCGCCGCUCUGCUCUUGCAGCACGGAGCAGAUGUGAAUGCUCCAUCGGAUGGUGAUCAGACACCCCUCCAUGUCACUGCCACGGUGUCCAAGUGCAGAAAUACGGCAGCCACUCUGCUCUUCCACCCCAAAGUCAAUGCGGAUCUGCUGAACAACUCCAGCGAGAGGGCAGAUUUCAUCGCCAAGCGGACAGGACACACGCUUCCCAUCUUCCGGAUGGGUCACAGGGCUUUGCAAGUGGAAACUGGAUUGAUAGAUUAAGAAAUUCCCAAGUCUCAGAUCAGAACUGACAAAAUUGUGUCUAAUAAAGUAAGAAUUAAAUGUUAAUCACACUCUUCGGGCUCUUCAGGGCUGAGUAAU